AUGGGCUUUGAGAAGAUGCUGCCAGCCCAAGAGGCUGCCAAAAUCUACCACACCAACUAUGUGAGAAACGCCAGAGCCAUCGGUGUCCUGUGGGCCGUUUUCACUAUAUGCUUCGCCAUCAUUACUGUGGUGGUCUUCAUCCAGCCCUACUGGAUUGGUGACAGUGUCAGCACCCCACAGGCUGGUUACUUUGGGCUCUUUCACUACUGUAUUGGAAACCCCAUCACUUCCGAACUGAUUUGCAAAGGCAGUGUGUUCGACUUCGCCUCGAUCCCCUCUGGGGCUUUCAGGACUGCUAUGUUCUUUGUAGGUACAUCAAUGCUUCUUAUCGUGGGAACAAUUGUGUGCCUGGGUCUUUUCUUUUUCUGCAAUGCAGGAAGAGUGUACAAGAUAUGUGCAUGGAUGCAGACAUCUUCAGCUGUGUUGAUGGCAAUGGGCUGUUUGAUAUAUCCGGAUGGGUGGAACGCCCCAGAAGUAAAGCGAAUGUGUGGCGAGCAGACUGACAAAUACACACUGGGGAACUGCACUGUGCGCUGGGCUUACAUAUUAGCCAUUAUCUGCAUCCUGGAUGCAGUGUUACUUUCGCUACUCGCAUUCACUCUGGGCAACCGACAAGACAAACUGCUGCCAGACGACUUCGAGGUGGAGGAAACCAACAGGUGA